UCUAGACGUACGUUCAAACAAUUGUCAUUUAUUUAGAGAUGUCAUUUUAUUUCACAAACUUUGUUGCGUGUAAUUAAUUACACAAUCGUGUGGUUUCUUUAUUUGUGGAGGUCAUGGGUUGUUUCUAUUCUAGAGGGUUGGAAGAUGAUAACACGCUUUAUGAUAUGUCGCCUAUCCGUCACCUUCCGGUCAUAUUCGUGAACGGAGUACCAGGUGCUGGCAAUCAGACAGUGGCGCAGACCAUAUCAAACAUAACAGGGUAUACAAUAAUCAGACCUGGAGAUUUGGUGAGGGCGGAGGCGCUGAAGGAUACCUCUAGAGGGCGCUUAAUUGCAGAUAAACUACGAACUCAAGAUGAAAUCUCAGAGCAACUAACAGUAGACCUGAUAAAAGAAGCGAUGUUGACGCAACAGGAAGCUACCGGAUUCAUCUUGGUGGGCUUCCCGAAGAACCCGAGGAUGUCUAAUAUUUUUAACAGACAGGUCAAAUGGCCAGAGAAGAUUGUUGCUUUGGAAGUUGACAAUGAGGUGGCAGCCACAAGACUUCAAAACAAACUAUCAGAAUUAGGAAGACCAGAAUCAGAGAUUAAUGCGGCAAGAGAGAUCAUCAGGGAAGCUGCGCAUAAAGUAAAGAACGUUCACAAACGAUUCAGAGGACAUGUUGUAACGCUGGACAGUACUGGAAAUCCAAAAGCGCUUGCAUCGACGCUGAAGGAAAUAUUAUCAGAUACGAUCGAGAAGAGUCAGAAGCGAUCAGCGUCCCCAGAAGCACGUCCCCCUUCAGCAGUAUCAGCACCAGCCGUGGCGUUCAACCAAAAGUGUCCUAUGUGUCCCAUCAGCCCAAUAUUAGGGAGAGACGCACCGCCAUCAGAGAUUGUGGGGGAGAAAUGAUCUAUUAUUAUAAUUUAAUUCAGAUAUAUUUUAACUUUGCUAUAUUACAU